UCAUCAUGAAAAAUCAUCAUCAUCAAAUCAUCAUCAAACUAUGGAUCAUUUCAAUCAUGAUUCUUGGUCUUUUCCUAUCAAACGUAUCGUGUAUAAAAUGUUGGGUAUGUCAUUCAGAUUCUGAUCCAAAAUGUGCCGAUCCAUUUGAUAAUAAUACACUGCCCAUAAAAGAUUGUCGUGAAGUGAAACGUAGCCAUCUUUUUGAAGAUGAAACACCAUAUGAAACAUUGAUACGUAAAGAUGAACAAAAACAACCACAAUUAAAAAUGGCAACAAUGUGUAGAAAAAUUAGACAAAAAAUUCAUGGCAAUUGGCGUACAAUCAGAGAUUGUGCAUUUCUUGGAUCACCUGGUGAAGGUACCGGCAAUGAACAUAAUUGUCUUUAUAGAAAAGGUACAUAUGAUAUUUAUCUAGAAUAUUGUACCUGUAAUAGUAAAGAUGGUUGUAAUGAUGCAUCACAAUUAACACCAUCACCACCAUUGGUGCAGAUAUUGUUUUCAUUAUUGGUAACCAUUGUCUUCCUUUUGCUCAUACAAAAAUGAAAAAAAAAGUUCAAGAUUGACAAAAAAAAUUUGCCUGUAUAUAAAAAAAAAUAAUAAUUUGAUCA